AUGGACGGGUAUCAAACUGUUUCUGAUGAUUCUAGGGCCGAACAGAUUUCACAAAAUAAACAUGCUAUGAAAUCAAAGUUGGAGCAAAUUUUCGUAGAUUUUGAUAAAGAUAACUGUGGGAGAAUUGCUACCAGAGAUCUCCUCUCUAUGAUAGAAUUAUUCGAACGGAACCAAUCCGAAAGUCUUUUAAAUGACGAAAAUAGACCCACAUUUCAGAAUUUCUGUGAACAAAAUCCUGAUAUGGAAGUUUCAGUUGAUGAUGUGAUCCAACUCAUAGAUAAACUUCGGCCAUCAGUCCCUUCUAAUAAUAAUAAUAAAGUUACAUCUGGUCCUAUUACUAAAACCAAAUUUAGAUCAUUUCGGAGUAAUUUGCGAAAUAGGCCAAAUGCACCUAGAGAAGCCAUGCUUCAAGAACCUGAUGGAGACGAUCAUUUUAAUCCUCGAAAUAUUAGUGCAUCUCCAAGUCGUUCCAGACGUUUAUCUGCGUCCGGAUUUUAUGAAUCACCUGCCAUGAUUUCUUCAUCUUUUGCUAGUCCCUAUGACACACCGGAAGAAACUAUCGAGUCUUUUGAGGGGAAUGGUGGAAUUGACGAGGCCGUUUCUAAUUUAAUAACAAGUAAUAAUAAUGACGAUCCUGCUGUUCAACUCAGUCGCCUCUACCGUCAUACCGUUGAUCUUACCAAGCGCCUCAAAGAAUCUGAACGUCAUUUGGCUUCCGUAGCCCGUCAACAUGAGGAUCGUAUCGAAGAAUUGCAACACAAAUUAGAUGAAACAAAAGCAGACCUGGCCGCUAAAAAGCGUGAAAUUCAAGAACAUAAAGGCAAAGAAAAAACGAAUUUGCACCAAAUUUCUUCAUUGGAAGGAGAAAUAUCGAAAUUAGCAAAGAAUUUAACUAGCCAGAAGCAACUUUAUCUCCAUUUUAAGACAAAAUACGAAGAACAAUGCGCCGAAAGUUUGAAAGGACUUGUACGAGAAAAAGAAGAUGAAUUGAACAAUAAUCAACGGACGCUUAGUCAAUUUCAUGAUCAAAAACAGACGUGGAUUGAUGAUCGUGAGCGUUUAGAAGAUAAAUUAAGCAAACUGGAAAUAGCUGCUCAAAGACUUGAGGCCGAACUUAGUAAUGAGAAUUUGCACUUAAAAGAAACUAUUGAUAAAUUAAAACUUGAGUUGGAAGAAAUGGAAAGAAGUAGCAGAGUGCUUACUGAAUUUGAAGCUAUCAGUGAAAUUGAUAACAUAAAUAACAACAAGAAUAAUCUGGCAACAGAAAUAAUUAAUCAUGCACUCGCGUCGAUAGAAGAAGGUGGUUCAGACUCAAACACAGAUGAUGUAAGGGAUCGACAACUUAUUAAGACUCAACGAAGGCGUAAAGAUGACACAUCAGAUAUAAACGCUAGUGAAGAACAAUCGCAUUCGCGAUCUGGUGAAUUAGACAGAUAUCGUGGUACAGAUAUCGACCAUACAAGCCGAAAACAAAGUGGAUCACGAAGUCGCCGUCAAGUAACAGAUGUGAAUGGAAUUACACGAAAUACCUCUGGUAGGGAUAUCGAAUCUCAAUAUCAAAUAUUAUCUUCAGAAUUAGGGGUUCAAUAUGCCUUGAUUGAAGGUAUUUUAAGGAACCGAGAUAUGCCAGGUCCACAUGAUAAGAGAGAUAGAGAUAGACAAAUUAGGAAUAGUGUUGACGGAGAUAGUACCGAUCUAGUGAGACAUUCUAAGCUUACACGUCAACCAACAAAAAGAAGCAAGCGACGAGCGCCAGUCCCAGAAAUAGAGCCACAGUCGUCGGAAAAAAUCGAACAGGCAAUGCAAUCUUCAAAAGCCCUUGUUACGCGUAAUCAGAAUAUGACUGUUCAGCAGAACAAUGUGGUGGUCAACAGCACUGUUACAUUCGAAUUAUACACACUUGUAAUCUAUCUUUUCGGAAUUAUUACAUCUGUGUUUGUUCUUGAUAACAACCAAGGGGCCCUUACGUAUAGUGAUUGGUUACCUCAUGACGUAGUCGAUGAAAGCUGGACUAUGCGUUCAUUUCAAAUUAUAUUGUAUUGGAUCGAAACAUUAUUAAAUGAUGGAAAUAUGAGAGUUCCUACGUAA